GAGAGAAAGGAGAGAGAGAGAGACAGAGAGAAAGGAGAGAGAGGGACACACAGAGAGACAGAGAGAGAGAGCAGAGACGUCAGCAUACUGCCACAGAUCCAGCAGCACUGCAGAUCUCUCUGUGUGCUGCUACUCUUCCUAUGAGGGUGAAAGACAGGAGGAGGAGUGGGAGUGAGUGAGAGAAGCGUCUGGCAGCCAUCCCAGUCAAACAGUAAUGCAGAGUAAAGGGGGAGAUAGCAGUCUUUUCACUGAGCCUCAGCACCGGAUCCAGCACUGCGGCCCGGGAGCCCUCCCUUUGUGAGCCAGUGGGCGUGUGAUCUCACCGCUGAGAGGAGGGGCCCCCUUUCCCUUGUCUGGCCAAUCCUUGAGCUCGGUGACUAGGUCACGUGAGAAUCCCUCUUUCAGGUUGCCAUGACAAUGUGCACUGGUCCAGACAGCAUCUUACUGUGGUGAGAAGGGAAGAGAAGAGGAGGGAGGAUAGACAGAGGGAGGGAGAGCAAGAGAACAAACCCCAGACACCUCUGCUGUGCACCUUUCCUCUAAUGAGGAUGCCUGAGACGGGGAGAUAAAGACUUCACCGGAGCAGAGUGUUGUGCUAGAGCCAGGGGCUGGGGCCUGACCAGAGACCCCCAGAGGCCCCCAACUGGGGGGGAGGUUCAUGGGGACCAUGGGGGACCUGGGAGGCUUCACCACCACAGGGGAGAGGGUGAACCCGGCCCACAUCUUGUUUGACCGCUUCGUCCAGGCCUCCACUUGCAAGGUCACGCUCAAGGCCUUCCAGGAGCUCUGUGACCAUCUGGAGCUCAAGCCCUGUGAGUACCGGGUCUUCUACCACAAGCUUAAGUCCCGUCUCAACUACUGGAAGGCCAAGGCACUCUGGGCUAAGCUAGACAAGCGGGCCGGCCAGAAGGAGUACAAGAAGGGACGUGCAUGUACCAACUCUAAGUGUUUGAUCAUCGGGGCAGGACCAUGUGGCCUGCGGACGGCAAUCGAGCUGGGCUUCCUGGGCGCCAAGGUGGUGCUGCUGGAGAAGAGGGAUGCCUUCUCCAGGAACAACGUGCUGCACCUGUGGCCCUUUACCAUCCAGGACCUCAGAGGCCUCGGGGCCAAAAAGUUCUAUGGAAAGUUCUGCGCCGGAGCCAUCGACCAUAUCAGUAUCCGGCAGCUCCAGCUGAUGCUGCUGAAGGUGGCCCUGCUCCUGGGCAUCGAGAUCCACGUCAACACGGAGUUCAAGGGUCUCAUCGAGCCCCCCGAGGACCAGGAGAACGAGAGGAUAGGGUGGAGGGCUGAGGUCCUCCCCAGGACACACCCAGUCAACGAGUUGGAGUUUGAUGUCAUCAUUGGGGCAGAUGGGAGGAGAAACACGCUGGCAGGGUUCAGGAGGAAGGAGUUCCGGGGCAAGCUAGCCAUCGCCAUUACGGCCAACUUCAUCAACAGGAACACUACAGCCGAGGCCAAGGUGGAGGAGAUCAGCGGAGUGGCCUUCAUCUUCAACCAGAAGUUCUUCCAGGACCUCCGGGAAGCCACGGGAAUUGACCUGGAAAACAUUGUCUACUACAAGGAUGACACGCACUACUUUGUCAUGACUGCCAAGAAACAGAGCCUGCUGGAGAAGGGAGUCAUUCUGCAUGAUUAUGCGGACACAGAGAUGCUGCUUUCCAGGGCUAACGUGGACCAGGCAGCCCUACUAUCUUACGCCCGCGAGGCCGCAGACUUCUCCACCAACCACCAGCUGCCCACGCUGGACUUUGCCAUCAACCACUACGGCCAGCCCGACGUGGCCAUGUUCGACUUCACCUGCAUGUACGCCUCAGAGAACGCGGCGCUGGUACGCCAACGCAACGGGCGCCAGCUACUGGUGUCUCUGGUGGGGGACAGUCUACUGGAGCCCUUCUGGCCCAUGGGCACUGGUAUAGCCCGGGGUUUCCUGGCAGCCAUGGACUCAGGCUGGAUGGUGAAGAGCUGGGCCCAGGGAAACCCGUCUCUGGACGUGCUGGCUGAGAGGGAGAGCAUAUAUCGCUUGCUGCCUCAGACAACGCCAGAGAACAUCAAUAAGAAUUUCAGUCACUACAGUGUGGACCCCACCACGCGCUACCCUAAUAUUAGCCUCCACUUCCUCAGGCCCAACCAGGUACGACACCUCAUAGACACAGGGGAUUCAAGUAGGGAAAUGCUCAUCGAAAUGGAGAAUGUAGUCAACUCGUCAACACCCAAGCUCACCCGAAAUGAAUCCAUAGCUCGCUCCAGCAAGCUGCUAAACUGGUGUCAGAGGCAGACGGAGGGCUACAGAAAAGUCAGUGUGACCGAUCUCACCAUGUCCUGGAAGAGUGGCAUGGCCCUGUGUGCCCUCAUCCACCGCUACAGACCGGACCUCAUUGACUUUGACUCCCUGGAUGAGCGGGACCAGCAGAAGAACAAUCAGCUGGGCUUUGACGUGGCCGAGAGGGAGUUUGGCAUCUCGCCUUGCAUGACGGGCAAGGAGAUGUCCCAGGUGUCGGAGCCUGACAAGCUCUCCAUGGUCAUGUACCUCAGCCAGUUCUACGAGAUGUUCAAGGACACAGUGCCCCCUGGGGCCGGAGGGGACCAGAACAUGAGCCCUGAGGAGAAGGCUGCGUUGAUCAACAGUACCAAGUCCCCCAUCUCCUUCCUCAGCAAGCUGGGCCAGAGCAUCGCUAUCUCACGGAAGCGUAACCCCAAGGACAAAAAGGAGAAGGAGGUGGAUGGUUUGGGGAAGAGGAGGAAGACCAGCCAGGCUGACAACUCUGAAGACGAAGAGGUUUUGAGGGGUAACCGUGACGACAGGCCAUCUAACAGUACUGCUCUGACAGAAAGGAAGAUGAAGGAAGAGUCAGCGGCUGUAGGGAACCACAACAAAGUCAAGUCCAUGGCCACCCAGCUCCUCGCCAAGUUUGAGGAGAACGCCCCCGCCGAAUCCAAGGGCCUCAAAAGACAGGGGGAUUCUCUGCCCAGUUUGGGUCUCGUCCUGGCGCUGCCCCCUCCCCCUGCCUCCCUGGACCCCCCCAGGGAGCCUGUUCGCCUCGCUCCGGUCCCUGCAUGGAGACAGGGUUCCCUGAGGAAGGAGUUCCCCCAGAACAUCGGGGGCAGUGACGUGUGCUUCUUCUGCCAGAAGCGUGUGUACGUGAUGGAGAGGCUGAGUGCCGAGGGCAAAUUCUUCCACCGGAGCUGCUUCAAGUGUGACUACUGCGGCACCACACUACGACUUUCAUCCUACGCCUUCGACGUGGAGGACGGGAAGUUUUACUGCAAGCCCCACUACUGCUACCGCUCGUCUGGUCAGGCUCAGAGGAAGAGGCCGGCACCGACUCCUGCUCUGCUCAAUGCUAAGGACAACCAGGCGUCCUUGCCCGCGGCGGUCACCGUGGACUCCCCCGGGAGGGGGGCGAUGGCAUCCCCUUCCCCCACCGAGCGCCGGUCCUCAGUCCCGGAGGUGAACGGGCUGCAGGAGCCCAGCCUGGCUAAGCGUCUGCGGGGAACGCCGGAGCGCAUCGAGCUGGAGAACUACCGUCUGUCUCUGCAGCGGGAGGAGGACCUGGAGGAGGUGCCCGAGGAGACGCUGGCCGAACACAACUUAAGCAGUGUGUUGGACAAGGACGCGCACGCAGACCUGGGCUCCAGCAGCUCUGAGUCUGACAUGGAGGAGGAGGACCAGGAGGAAGAGGAGCAACAUGAGGAGGAGGAGCAGCAGGACCCCCCCAGCCCCUCAGACCUGGGAGGAGUACCCUGGAAGGAGGCUGUGGAGCUCCAUGCCAAGCUGAAGACUGACAGCGACCCAGGGGCUGAGGGAGAGGACGGUGAGGGAGAGGACGAGACACAUGGUCACAUCGCUAGGGAUCUAGAAGUGGAGGAGGAGGAAGAUGACGAAGAAGAGGAGGAGGACGAUGAGGCGGAAUCGACUGAUGAGGGGGAGUACUGCCCGUGGGAGCUGGAGCUCCAGUCAGGCAUAUGGCUGGAGAACCUCCAAGACGAAGAGGAUACCUGUAGAUUUAAAGCCAGAAACCUGCAGAUCCAGCAGGUGCUGCAGCCUGUGGAUCCGACGGGCAUUAAGAAUCUCAGACGAGUCUCCGUACUGUCAGAGGGGGACAAGGAGGAGCCUCCUGCCUCGGCCUCCCAGCCAUCCACCAUGCUCACCCAGUCCCCCUCCACAGCCCCCGCCCACACAUCCGCUCGUCAUGAGGCUGUGCGAGUCUGGUUGGAGUCGGUGUCCGGAGAGCCCUGUGAGGAUGAUGACCCGGAAGCAGAAGUGGGCAGCCAUGAUUUUGAGCCAGGCACCGAGAUGGACCAGGAGGACAUUCCCUCUGAUGCGGAGGCUGAGGCUCGUCUGCACCAGUCAGAGCUCAGUGAUGCGCUUCCUGAAGAGGACAAGAAGUCGCAGAGUCAGGGGAUCGCCUAUAGCAUUGAACAAACUAGUGUCAGUCCGGUGAAGUUAGUUGGGGAAGUUGCGCUCUCACCAGUCAAACCACUGACUCCACAGCCUGAUUUACAGAUGUCUCACACGUCUCCUCCCUAUCUGGUCAAAUCACCCGGCAUGCGCUUUUUCCCAGAUCCCUUUGCAUCGGAGAACAUCACAAUACCCCAGAGGACAGUUCAGACUCCCAACGCCAAGAGCCCCCAAUACGCUACCCCUGCCCCAUCCCCCAUUCACUCCCCUCUUCAAUCCCCUAUUCGCUCCCAGCCUAUCCCACUGCCUGAGACGGUCACCCCAAAAUCCCCUGUCAACUCUCCGCCCUGCUCCUGCCCCUCGACAGGGAACCCGCUGUCUCCCAUCUGUGCCCAGCCGCUGCCCUGCCACGAGCCCUCCUCACCCCUCACCUCGGACUCCCCUGUCAGAACUCAGCCUGUCCCUGCCAUCACCUCCACGCCGCUGGCCAAACCAGACUCCUCUGACAGGACUACCCCCGAGCCUCAAAAAUCUCUGAACCUCACAGACGAAACCCCGGUGAAGAAGACGGACAUCAUCGAGGAGUUCUGGCUGAAGAGUGCCGAGAUCAGGAAGAGUCUGGGUCUCACCCCACUGGACCGUAGCAGCAGCAGCAGCAGCAAAGCCCCAGAGAAGUGUCCUGUUACUGUGGGUAAGGUGCCCACUCCGGACUCCCCCUCGACCAAGUCCUACACCCCAGAGGAUCUCUCGGAGGAGCUUAGGCCUUCCCCUUCUCCCUUCACCGGUCGCUCGGUCAUUCGCAGGCUGAACAUUACGGUGGAGGGCCAGGUCAUCUCCCCUGCGGAGCCCAAGAGCAAUGGCUCAGAUCGGAGGGACCUCAGCAGCAGCUCCGGCCUAGGCCUCAACGGCAGCACAGCCACCAACCAGACCAGCCAGGCGGCCAGCGACAGCUACCACACUUCCGACUCCACCAUGCUCACCCCGCCUUCCAGCCCCCCGCCUCCCCCGCCCAACGAAGAGCCAGCUACUCUCAGGCAGCAGCAGAAGCACCAGGUGUCCUGGGACAAUGGGAUCGAUGGCCCCACUACACCUGAGCCAGCCAAGGCGGCACCCACCAAGACCAACAGCCCUGUGCCUGCACCGAGGACCCAAAUCAGCCCUGUGUCUAUGCCAGUAUCUGCGCCCAAGCCUGCCCCCAGGACUACACCGGUCACCUCGCCGGUCACCUCGCCGGUCACAGCUCCGGUCACUCCAUUGGUGGUCAUGAGACGGGAGAAGAGCAGCAAACCACGUCGGGAGGAGGUGAGGAAGUCAUUCGUGGAGUGUGUGGCGGAGAUCCCGUUUGCGGACGAUGUGGAGGACACGUACGACGAGCGGACGCCGGACACAACCAUGGACAGGUUCUACACUCCGCCCAGCAGCAAGCCCAACAGGGAGAGAGAGAAGCGUCCCCUGCACCUGGCCCUGGCCAUGGAAAACGGAAAGCCCAUUUUCCCUGUGAACCAGCAGGCCUCGAAGAGCCAGAAGGCCCAGCAGUUCUCCCCUGAGGCCAAGGAAAUAGCAGAGGAACGGAUGAGAGCCAGAGAGAAGUCCAUAAAGAGCCAAGCUCUGAAGGAAGCCAUGGCCAAGCAGCUCAACAAGAUGAAAGAGACGGACACGGCCAAGGGCGCCGCCGCUGCGGCUAAAGUGGUGUGGAACGUGGCCUCAUCAGAGACUUCCGGGAAAAGUACUAAGAAGUCAUCCGGUUCUCCAAAGACGUCUGCAGUGAAAUCUCUUGAGUCGAAGAAGGCUGAGACUCUACCAGAGCGUUUCUUUAGCAGUCAGGGUAACAAGAGUCUGGACAGCUCGACCGUCUCCUCCGACGGCUCCGCCUCGGGGGGCAAGAGCAAGAAGCGCAGCUCGCUUUUCUCACCGCGCAAGAACAAGAAGGAGAAGAAAGCCAAGAAUGAAAGCCAGCUCUCCGUCAAGCACGGCACAGACGAGACGCCGUCGCCGCCCAAACACAAGUCCCUGUGGAAGGUGGUGUUCUCGGGGUACAAGAAAGACAAGAAGAAGAAUAAGGACGACAAGUCAUGUCCCAGCACGCCAUCCAGCUCCAACACCAACGACUCCGGGAAGAAGCGAUUGUCGCCUCUCGGCAGGUCGUCAGAUUUGAAGUCGCGCAGAAACCUGAGCUUCUCUGAGGACUCGGAUCUGUCAUGUGAUGAUGUGCUGGAGAGGUCUUCUCAGAAGUCUAGGACAGAUCGGCAUACGGACAUCUUUGACCUAGUGUCAGGCAUUCAGAAGGAAACGAUAAAGGAGGAAAAAGCGGGGGAGAGAAAAAGGCAAAAAAUAAGGGAAAGGGAAAAAGAAAGAGAAAAGGAACGAGAAAGAGGUCGGGACCUUGAUCGAGUCAUAGAGGAAGAGGAGUCUGUUUAUGUCCCUCACGCAUUGGCGUUCAAGAGAGCGUACGCCACCAAGAAAACCUACACAGAGGAGGAGCUCAAUGCCAAGCUGACACGUAGGGUACAGAAAGCUGCCCGGCGACAGGCCAAGCAGGAGGAGCUGAAGAGACUGCACAGAGCCCAGACCAUCCAGAGGCAGCUGGAGCAGGUGGAGGAGAAACAGAGACAGCUGGAGGAGAGGGGCGUGGCCGUGGAGAAAGCCCUGCGAGGGGAAGCAGGAUUGUAUAAAGGGACUUAUUGUACUAUACCAAAACAACACAAAAGACGAUCAGACUAUUGGGGAGAGUCUAAUUACAGUGAAAUCCUGGACUUGCAUCUGGGCGUUGAGCCUUUUGUCGGGACCCCUCGCCGAAGACCUAUCUCCUUCUGCCCCUGCUGUUCCCCUGAAGGGAUGGGAAAAAAGGACGACCCCAAGCUCAUGCAGGAGUGGUUCAAACUGGUCCAGGAGAAAAACGCAUUGGUGCGAUACGAAUCUGAGCUGAUGAUAUUUGCACGAGAACUGGAGCUGGAGGAUCGUCAGAGUCGACUGCAGCAGGACCUGAGGGAGCGCAUGGCAAUCGAAGACCACCUGAAGACGGAGGUGGAGCUGGCGCAGGAGAAGCGCAUCCUGAAUGAGAUGCUGGAGGUGGUGGAGCAGAGAGACUCCCUGGUAGCCCUCCUGGAGGAGCAGAGGCUCAGGGAGAAGGAGGAGGAUAAGGACCUGGAGUCGGUCAUGCUCUCUAAGGGUUUCAAUCUCAACUGGGCCUGAAACUAGACGCACCAUCCCCUCCCAUUCAGAUAAUACACUACCCCUCCCCUGUGUCAGGGCUCAGUGAAGGCCUAAAUCACGGUUCCAUGCUUGGUCCCAGAUUCCUCAGCAGAGAAUGUGUACAGAACGGAGUUGUCCUAUCACGGCCCUUCUGUUGGCGAAUGUGCGCAGAGUUGUCCUAUCAUGGCUCCGCUGUUGGAGCAGUCUAAAAUGUUUACAUAUCUACUCUGCCACCAGGCAGGCAUCAUUACCUAGUGAUAUCUCACCUCACAGUGGGAGGUGCAACUACAGCCUGGACUUUCUCAGAACCUUAGAAGUUCUUUCGACAUGAUUCUCCAGAACCGGGAACAUACCUCCUCUUGGAAGAAUGUUUUUUUAUUUUUUAUUUCUUUUCAUCUCGAUCACACAAAGGGAAGAAAGAGGUUAGGUCCUGCUGAUGUAAAGGAAUUCAAUAUAUGAUACCGGUUUCUGUGUAUUGAAUGUGCAUAACACAACACAUUAAAGAAGCUGUGGUUUUAGAUGAGGGUAGGCCCUUGAUCUAUCGACUGUUAGACUUUCAGGGUUUCUGUAGAAAGGGGAGGAGUGGACCGAAGCCUCUGGUCUCUCUCAUCCUAUCAGUCUCAACCUAACCUCAUGACAUCCUCUGCCAUUGUGAAUGCUGACUGAGGGAGGGACAUCCUCUGCAUCAGCUGGCUUUCUCUCCAAUUACACAGUGGCUUCCAUGUUCUGAGGAGCCAAUGAGGAUCACACUCUAAAAGGCCCGUAAUUUUUUUGCACAGAGAUUCACACUAAGAGUCAACGCUAAGGAUCAAUGGAAUCUGGUCACUUAGUCGUUUUCAAUUGUGUAUUUAUUAGUGUUGUUUUUACAAAGAACCUGAAUGAACUGUUUUUGGUAUUUUCGUUCAUGGAAGAGAGUGCCUGAACUGGUGUCUCAACAGAAUGCACUUGUGCUCUCUUUAUGACAUUGACAGCAAGGAAACUAACGGAAAACUCCAUCACCCAGAAGCCAGUGCGUGUCAGGACUGUAUGCUGCUGCAGGCUCAUAUAGAAGCAUAUCAUGUGUUAAUGUGCACGUUUUGUCAUUGCAGCCGACUUUAAAGGCGAGUCGGGACUGACUGAUCUACAAAUCACCUUGCAUCAUAAAUAACUACUCAAUAUUAUUUGUAGGUCAGUCACUAUUUACCCAUGAUACAUCACGGUUUUGAUGCUCUAGCCUGUAGCAUAGAUUCAUUGACACAUGUACUCUUCAGCAAGCAACCCACUUGACACAUCUCUUAGGCUCCUAGUUCUGAGUGAUAAUGUGUCUUCUCCAUACGAUGCCUUUCCCUGUAUAUCACAUAAAAAUGUCAGUUUAUAUAAUCAGUUGCCCUUAUUCAAUACUAAUUGGCAUAUACUGUACCGUGAAAUAUCCUCAGUGUAGAUGAAAUGUUAAAAGGAUAAAGACAUAACAGUCGAGUUAAUUUGAUCUCAGAAGAGUCAGUGUCUUAUUGGACUUACACAGUAUAUCAGUGCACCGUGUUAUCAUCAUAAUACCAGAAUUGAACUGACACGUCACUAACUGGUGACACAGUACAGUUGUCAGUGAAUAUUUUGCAAUAUCAAAGGGGAUAAACCACAGAACUCAAACACAGCCUCUGGCUUCGCUAUCUCUGGGGCUGAGGUAUAUGACCUGCUCUGGAGCAAAAUGCCUUUUUCAUUUGUUUUAAUAUUUUACAGUUUUCUUUUGAGUUUUAAACUUGUAUGUAUACCACCAGGGUACAUUUAACUUUUUUGUUAAUCCUUUUUAUACAACUACAGGUCGCCAAACAGCAGUCAUGAGUAGAAGUGGAGACACGAAGCUGCUCUAUCGCUCGAAGUAAACCGCUUCUAUUCAGUCACGGGAGCAUGUACAUUUGUUUGUCAUACGAACCUACUGGCCUUUCUGCCAAACUGUAAACCUUUGGUUGGUCACCGUUUUUUUGCUGUAUAGAGUUACACACAGUGAGAAUAUGUGUAAGAAUUAAACGGAGCUGUGAAUACAAAAAAAGUUACAACAUUUCAAGGCUUGGUGUUUUAGAUGGUGUGUGAUACGUUUGACAGAUUGUAUUGAUAUUUAUUAACAUGUGUGCAAAAAUGUAUCAUAUGUAAAGAAAAAUGAAUCCUAAUUUUUAAAACACAUGGCAGAUAUGUAAAUGCUUAUUCAUGUAGCUAAAAUGCAUGAGUGUUGGAUGUAUGCUGAAACGGCAAUAAAACCAUGCAGUUAUUUUAAAAA